GUGUCCUUCUGAAUAAAACGCACGAGGAUCGUUUGUGCAUGUGUGUGAUGCAAUUUUGUAAACAUUGCAUUGAUGAGACGCCAAAACUCAGACUUUUACUGAAUUCGACAAGUUAAUUUCGCUUUCAGCACCGAUCCCUUAGAUCCUCCGAGUGCUUAGAUGGCAGAACAUUACUACAGUCAGUGCGUAGCAGAGCUUCAAUUUACGAUGCCACCAAAUCCAAAUGAACAGCGCCCUCAAGUGUCUGUGAGGUGCACAAGAGCGUUCUGCAGUGAUUCCAAACUCUAUGAGUGGGGGUUGUAUGGCAAGCCUGAUCCGUCAAAAUACAAAGAUCUGGAAGCAAAGGAGCUGGAUACUGAUGAAGAUGAAUUGGACAGAGCUUUGACUGAAAGCGACCAAUUAAAAUCUGGUGAUGUCAUCACCAACCAAUUAGAUGUUGUUCCUGAGCUGACCACUGAAAUUUUCCAAUCAGAAUCAACAGGUGAUGAUGUCACACUGUGUAAUGAGCAAUAUGAAUAUUCAUCAAGCAACAUCAGGGUCGAUGGUAAGAACAUCAGUCCAUACACAAAGCCCAGUUUGCCGUUCCAGGGAGAAUUUGCAUCAGAACAGGAAGUGAUGAGAGACAUGGGCCUUCCUCUCAGUUUCGUCAGGUCGCUCCGAGAUUUUGAUGAGGACGAUGACUACAUGCCCAAAGUGAGAUAUGGGAACAAGCAAGCAAACAAGAAAAACAAGAAGAAGAAGAAGCAGCAGCGAGUUUGGAGUCAUGACCUUGACCCUUCCCACCAUGCAUCAGAGACAGAUGUUUCCCAUCAUGCAUCAGAGACAGAUGUAUCCCAUCAUGCAUCAGAGACAAAUGUAUCCCACAAUGCUUUGGAAGCUCCAGAAAAGGAAGAACAGGCACCAGACACUUGCGUUGCUCCGUUGCCUGGCAACUGGUCCACCGUCACAUCAAAAGAAGAUGAGUGCUGUCAUGGAGACGGUAUCCAGGCAACUGAUGUUGCCGAGGAAGCAGAUGUUGACACAGGAUGGAAGGAGUAUUGGGAGACAUACGGGGAAACGCUCAUUUGGGAGAACUGGGUCCAGAAAUAUCCAGAUCAAGUAGUUGGCGAUGGCCUCAUUGAAGCAUCAUCUAUGCAGUCAGGUGGAGAACAUCAACUACAAGAUGAAAUGAGUGAACCUGUGAAAAAUGAGAGCAAUACGAACAUCGUGGAGGCCAUAUGUGCACAAGAUUUCCCCGUGUCAUUUGAUGAGGCGACAAAGUUUGAAGCAAAUGAAAUUUUGGGUAGUAAAUCAAGUUUACUUCGUAAAGAACACACAGUGACUGACUUGGUUGCUACAGAGCAUGUAUCUGGCUCAGAAAUUGAAGAACACUUACAUCAGUUUCAAGAAGCCACUAUUCAGUCUGUAGCUGAAGAGAUGUCGACCGUUUCUCUUGAGGAUUGUAAGACAACAUCAACGAUGAAUGUUACAAAUGAUUCCGAUUCGUUGACAAGAGUUGAGAGUGGCCCGACUGAUGAUCGCAAGCUUUCAGACCAGUCAGCAAUUUUCCUGAAAAUAACAGGGAAAGGAGAAUCCUUUCCUAACAGUUGUGAAGAAUUGCCAGACGAGUUCAACGGGAAAGAUGCUGCACGUCAAGAUUUGGAGAAUGCGUCUACGCAAAUUGGGAAUGAAAACAGUGUCGGUGAGUUGCAGAGUAACUCAUGCACUAGAAAUGGAUGGACUGAAGAAUGGAGUCGAUUGUGGGAUGAACACUGUGGAGAAGUCUAUUGGUACUAUCACCAGUAUUACCAUACUAACAUAAAGAACGGUGUUACUGAGAAUGGAGAACAUGGGUUACCAGACUGUAGGACUAGCCAAUCAGAAGAGAGGACAUGCUCAGUGGCUGACCAAUCACAGCUGGUGCUACAUUCUUGUGCUGACUAUAGCCAAUCAUGUGAAGAGGUUGAGGACAGCAGUGACUGUACAGCCAAUCAGCUCCCGUCUGAUGAAUCAGUGCACCAAUCACAAGCUUCCAAUACAUCAGGUGAUGCUGUUGACCAAUCACAGAGAGUCAACUCCUGUAAUGGCAUCGAUCACAACACAGAAGAGUUGAAUAACUCUAAUGGAAGUAAUAGAGAUUGUGAUAAUAGCUGUCGCAGUGAUAGUGACGUUGACAAAGAGCCAUUCGACGGAAAAUCAAAACGGAAAAAGGUUUCUCAAAAGUCACAGUUGAGUGGAGAUGGGGCGAACGUAUCUCAACAAAUAGGGCAUGGAAGUGGAAGACUCCAUUCCAAAGGCGGGGGUGACGGAGUUGGACAUGGAGGGGAUGGGGAGGAGCCACCGGAGGAGAGGCCAAGACAAAUGAAGAGGAGCCACGAAUUGGAAACUGAUGGUGAAGGAGGCAGAGAUGUUCUGAAACGACUUGGAUUGAGCUCAGACGCUGAAUCUAAGAAGUUUCGAGAGCAGGAAAGGUUUUCCUCGGUCAGAGUUAAGUACAUCCGGAAAAACGUCAGUAAGAAAUCCAAAUCGCUGAACAUGCGGAAAGCUCCGAUGCACAUCUGGUUUGAUGAGGAGGCAGGAGAGGCGAGCAAUGGAGAAGCAGAGAUUCAACGCGAGCGGUCAGAUGGCGCAGAGAGUUUGAAGCAAGUGAAGAAGAUGCCGGGCAGCAACACGAUUAGUAAGGUGAAGGCAUUCUUAAGUUCCCAGGGAGAGGAAAGAAGCAAUCAACUGCAGAGGAAGUCAGCACCUCUUGGUGAAACGGCGGAUAACAAUGCGAGUACAGAAAACACCGAAAGAGGUUCCACAGAAGAGCAGAACGCAACGUCAACUUCUGUCAGCCUUGAGGAUGAAACAAAGGACUCCGGUGUUUUUGUGGAACAGACAUUGUGUUGGACCUCAGAUCAGGAGAACUCCAGUGCUGCUUGUGGCUUGCAAAAGGAUUCCGCUUUUGAAGAAAUCACCGAAACAGAGUCACAAGAUCAGGAAUCAAUGUCUGAGGCAUCUAAAGCAGUUACCAAAGAGAACGGGAACUCCUCCAAGAAUCUUCCACAAGACGUUGGCAUCCGGGAGGCGGGGACUUCACUUGGUGCUCCUCAGAAUAAGAAAUCAACCGCUUCAUCUCAAGAUCCGAGACUUGCUGAAUACCCAGAGAUAAGCAGCAAUCCAAGCAUGAUGAAAUAUUGGGUUCAACGCUAUCGCCUGUUCUCCAGAUUUGACCAUGGGAUUAAGAUGGAUGAAGAGGGUUGGUACUCAGUCACUCCCGAGAGGAUAGCCAAACAUCAAGCCCGGCGUUGUCGCUCCGAUAUUAUCAUCGACGCCUUCUGUGGUGUUGGGGGAAACGCAAUACAGCUGGCGUUCACCUGUGAGAGAGUGAUAGCAGUCGACAUCGAUCCAGUAAAGAUAGACUGUGCACGUCACAACGCCAAAGUCUACGGUGUUGCAGACCGCAUUGAGUUUAUUCAAGGGGACUACUUUCUUCUGGCCGAUCGCCUCAAGGCCGACGUGGUAUUCCUGAGCCCUCCCUGGGGCGGGCCGGACUACUUGCAAGCUGAUGUCUACGAUAUUACCACCAUGAUGCCUCUAGAUGCCUUCAAGCUGUUUGAGAAGACCAAGCAGAUUACAGAGAAUAUCGCUUUCUUUGUUCCACGGAAUGCAAACGUGGAUCAGUUGGCAUCUUUAGCAGGCCCUGGAGGACGUAUGGAGAUAGAGCAGAAUUUUCUCAAUAAGAAAAUCAAGACAGUGACUGCUUACUACGGAGAACUUGUGGAUGGUUGAAGUCCUGCUGUCAGACAAAAUCGACACAUUCAAUCCGAGGAGAAAUCACCCAUUAGUCACUGUACCGCUCCAAACCCGCUAUUACUUCCUGUAGCACCUAAAACCGCCUGAGCUCUCUAUGGUUUUAUGGGUUCAUCAGGAAAUAAAUACAAUGUAUCACAAUGAAAUACAAUGUAUCACAAUGAUAUACAAUGUAAUACAAUUUGACAGGUACUGCUAAUAGGUCAACUUGUGUCAAACAUAUUUCAAAAUUUCAUUCGCUCCACAGAACCAUUUCAUAAUUGGCCUUUCAUAAGAGGUACAUCUUCAAAAACCAGGGCAAACAUUGAAAGAAACCAUUGUUCAACAAAUUAUUUAUGGCACCAGAUUGAAUACAAGUUUAUCACAUUUUCUUGAAUUGGUAAGCCUUUGAUGCGUUGUGCAUGUGUUGGCCGAAGAUCCUAUAGUUCAAACUGUAAAACCAUUUUAAAAAAUAUCCUUCAAGGACAAGGUAGUUGACAACAGAGAGACUUUUUAUUCAUGGUGGUGUGCUCAUGUGUACACACCGAGUACGUCAUUGAAGGGUAAAAUCUAAUAUUGAAUUUGCUCUUGGAUUCUUUUGAAGAACAUUUGGAUUAUCUGUGUUCAAGACUCGAAAUCAAAAGACACAGGCAUUUGCAUUUUUUUUUUCUGGAUCUAAUUUAUUCAAACAUUCUUUUUAAAACAUAAAUUAUUCCACUCAAGAGGUCUAACUAUUGAACAUGAAUGGUCCAAGUGUGAAAACAGGAAUUGUCGAGUUUUGCUUAGC